GAAAAACUAUGUCUUCACCGAUGGACUUUAAAGGAGAGCGAAGCAGAGGGUGAUGUAUAUUUAAACGUGAAAAUGACUACAUAUUCAUCGUGCCAUGACUAAGAAACACCCAAAGUCAGGAUGAAUGACAUCAACCUGAGCCCAGUGGGAAUGGAGCAGCUGAACGUGCCCCCUGUCAGCGGGAGCCACCUGGGACUGCCCACGUCGCCCACUCACAACCCCAUCACCACUCCAGGUAUGCCUGUGGCCAUACCCAACCUUGGGCCUUCUCUAGGGUCUCUGCCCUCCGCCCUCUCUCUCAUGCUGCCCAUGGGUCCGAUAGGAGAACGGGGCAUGAUGUGCGGCCUGCCAGAGAGGAACUACACUUUACCCCCUCCCCCCUAUCCCCACUUGGAGAGCAGCUACUUCCGACACAUCCUUCCAGGUAUACUGUCUUACCUGGCAGACCGCCCGCCACCUCAGUACAUCCACCCUAGCAGCCUUAAUAUGGAUGGGACGCUGUCCGUGCCCAGCAACAACCCUUCUGGCUUGGACCCCUACACCGGCCCUGGGGGGCCCUUGGAGCAAGGCUUGGUCACGCUAGACUCUCGACAGGUGGGCGGUCAGGGAAGCCUCCAUCAGGGAGGUGCCCAUGAGGUUCCUCUGGACACAGGGCUGAGCAUGGAGUCACGAGUGAGCAGCCCGAUGUCUCCAGAUGGGAUGGCCGAGGAGCUGGCCUCUAUGGAAGGUGUGGUAGGGGAAGCACAGCAGCUCGCUAGCAGGGCACGUAGUCACGAGGGCCUGGGCCAGGUGGAUGCAUCUGUGGCAGUAAUGCCUCUGCAUGGCUCUGGGCUGGAAUUGCCAGUGGUCAUUGACCAGGAUCACCUCGGGGGCAGAGUGGGUGGAGCUGGCACGAGCGGAGGGGCCACAAGCGGCCUAGGUGAGCCAAUGCACCCCACGGGGGCACUGAGCACAGGAGCUGUUAGCGUGGUGCUUGCUGGCUCGCACUCCCACCCUUCUAUGGCUCCACCACCUCAACUGGAGCCAGUUUCCCUCCAUGGGCCCACCAGCAUGGGGCUGGAGCCAGUCAGCGUGUCCCCGAUCACCGCAGAGGUAUCUCUGGUGCCUGACAGUAGCCUGGUGCUGGUCAACUCCUCUCUCCAGCUGGAAGACUCCACCUCGAAUAAGGAGAACAUGGCUACCGUCUUCACCAUUUGGUGCACGCUGUGUGAGCGGUCCUACCCCUCCGACUGCCCGGAGCACGGUCCUGUCACCUUCGUGUCUGACACACCCAUCGAGAGCCGUGCCCGCCUCUCCUUGCCCCGCCUCCUUUGCCUGAGGCUCUCUGUGGCUGAUGAACCUCUUGGGGUGUUUGCCCGGGAGACCAUACCUGUUCGGACCUGUUUCGGGCCCCUGGUGGGCCAGCACUGCAGUAGUGUGGACCUCGCAGACUGGUCAGAUAAGAACAGUCCUCAUGUGUGGAAGAUGUUUCACAACAACGUGCUGGAGUUCUCUAUUGUGACCACAGAUGAAAAUGUGUGUAACUGGAUGAUGUUUGUCCAUAAGGCAAGGACUGCAGAAGAACAGAACCUGGUGGCCUACUCAGAUAGCGGCAAGAUUUACUUCUGCUCAUCAAAGGAGAUUCUGCCUGACCAGGAGCUGCUGUUCUACUACAGCCGGGACUACAGCCGGCAAAUGGGUGUACCCGAAGUUCCCGAUUGCCAAGUGUGUCACUGUGGCAAAGAGUGUACGUCUGUUGGGGAACUCAAAUCCCACCUAAGCAGACAUACCCAUGGACAGGCGCACAGCCCCUCCCAGAGCCACACAGUACACCAUGGCCCCAGCGAGGGCAAGGCAAGUGGCGGGGGCACCUGUGCCUCCUGGACUGGCCACACUCAUCCCCGGGAGAGGAAGUACAAGUGCAGCAUUUGUUCCAGGGCAUUUACAUCCUCCACUAAACUCAAUGUGCACUACAUGGGUCACGUUGGCAUGAAGCCACACAAGUGUGAGUACUGCAGCAAAGCCUUCAGUGACCCCAGCAACCUACGGACCCACCUCAAGAUUCACACAGGGCAAAAGAACUACAGGUGCAGUGUGUGUGAGAAAUCAUUCACACAAAAAGCACACCUCGCAUCCCACAUGGUGAUACACACGGGAGCCAAGAACCUGAAGUGUGACCACUGUGACAGAAUGUUCAUGAGGAGACAGGAUCUCAAGCAUCACAUGCUGACGCACACACAGGAGCGGCAGAUACGCUGCCCCAAAUGCGACAAACUCUUCUGGAAGUCAAACCACCUAAAGAAGCACCUGAACUCCCAUGAAGGCCGGCGUGAUUACAUCUGCGAGAAGUGCAAUAAAGCCUUUCUCACAAAGUACCACCUCACACGCCACCUCAAGAUCUGCAAGGGCCCCAAAGCCAUCGGGGAAGCUUUUCAAGAGGAGGAUGAGGAGGACGAAGAUGAAGAUGAAGAGGAAGGAGAGGAGGAGGAAGAAGAGGAAGGGGAUGUGGAGGGGCUGAUCGAACCAGUUAGCAGGGAAGACUGUGGUCUACGAGCUACAGGCUACACUUCAGACAAAACUCUCUCUCCACCUCACUGAUGAGAGCAGCAUAAUAUCAAUGUACUGGGCCAGCCUGAUAUUUAUCCUAUUUAUUUCUUUCUCUCUCUUUUAUUUCUUUUUCAUUUUUUGCCAAACUUAUCUUUUUUGAACAUUAGGAAUUGCGACCUGCCAAAAUAACUAGCUUUGCAAAAAAAAUAAACAAACGCUGGAUUCAAAAAGAAGUGCAAAAUCACUAAGUAGAAAUGAAACCGAUACAGAUGAGGCUAAUGUCUCAGCCUUUGGCCAGCUAAUAUCAAAGAUACUAGCCACGAUAUUUCCUUUAAGUCCCUUUAGACUUUAUAGUACCUAAAGUUUUCCAAAAAUUGCUGUCAUUCCCAAAUGGCUAGGAAGAACACAGCAAUUGAGACAGCAUAUAUAAUUAGCUACAAACUGCAUUAACUCUGCAGAGGUCUGGGCUUUUGAUUUUCGUUUUCUGUCGUCUAUUUGCUUUGUCCUGAAGCUCCUUCAAAGAAGUGAGCUUUAAUUCCGAUACAUAAGUAUGAUCCUGAAGAAGAAGAGGGGUUAUAAAUGUGGUUUUCUGCAGUCUGUGUGCAGCAGAUAAAAUUCACAUUCAGCAGCUGCAUCUGUGGCCAGGUUAACCCCCGACAUUCCUUCAUUUCAGGACCUGUCGUGUUUUGUUGCCUUAUGUUUAUUUAAAGUGACAAAAACAAUGAAAUUGUACAUUUAAUUGUGAUAGUGACUUUAAGGAUCCUGAAAAACUGCCAAGAAGAAUUUAGCUGAUUACAUGCCAUAACUCCCUGAUUAGUUUAUCAGUUAUUUUUAUUUAAGAAACUCAAUGUCUCGUGCAAAUUACAGUAUACUGUAUAAGAAUGUACUACGUAAGUACUAAGAAUGUAUUUUUUUAAGUGUUAACGUAACUUUAGAUAUAAUUAUGGUGUAAGAUGAUUUUUGUUACAGAAGGGCAAGCUACAGUUACUCUAGUGAUCUUUUACGAGAGAACAGCAGGUCAUAACGGUAUGCAACAGGCCACCACAAUACCUGGCUGGGUCAGAAAGUGGAGAACCUAUAAUCCACCUAUCUGUAGUUUUUCUGUUCUUUUUAUUAGUUAAAAGAUUAACUGUCUAGCAAUUGUCUGAAGUUUCUUCCUGUGGUAUGUCAGUGUAUUGUUAAAGCACUUUUGACCAUUUAGCCACAUGACUGAGACAUGGACUGCUUUUGGGAGGGAAAAAUGUCAGUAUGAUAGCAGUGAAGCCCCCCUCUCCAACUGAUUCAGUGAAAACUUUUGAGCAUUUUUCAGCAUGCAGUUUCAAGGAACUGGCUUGUAAUUUUUUUUUUUUUUUUUUAAAUUUUAAACUGUCAAAUGGAUGUAUUGAUAGCCUUAGAGGGUAUUUGGGUGGUAUGCCAUUAUAUACCGUGACCUAAUUUAUGCAUUAUUUCUGAGUUAAAGUCUUUGAGGGCGUUGAACCACUGCUUUAUUAUUGUUGGUAAACAUCAUUACAUCAUUUACAGUUCAAAUAUGACAUUCUACAGUGGACAAUUUAACAGGCUAAUAAAUGUAAAAUAUCCAAAGAA